GCUGACGAACUCUGGUUUCUUAGCAACCCGUGUGUUUAAAUUGAAGCUAAGUUUGUCGUGUCCUAGGACAGGAGCCCGUUCCAAGUUUAACACUGCAUUUCGUUACGUAAAACACCAUAUUUUAAGUCAAAAUGUUCAACUUUGAUUUACCCUCAGACCGCGUAGCAAGGACAAGUCUGCAGAGGCGACGCAACGACGAGACUGAAAGACGAGAGAGGGUUUUUAAUGACAAAGUCAGGAUGUUCGGGGUUGACAAGGAGGCCUUAGACUCGCAGUUGAAAGAAAAAGAUAAACAAGAAGAAGCAGCGAAACUGGAACAACACGCUCGUGAUGCUGAAAUGCUCCAUAAUAGCAAAGUAGCUUGCCUCCUUCACAGCAGAGAAGUGAAGGAGAAUCGUGCGAUGGAAAAGGCUGUCGUUGACUACCGGCAUCAGUACCAGCAGCCUCAGUGCCAGAGCGACUAUGACCUGAGUGACCCGCACCGCUGUGGGAACACAAACCCAGGCGACGCCCAGAUGAUGCUCCCUGGCCUGCUGGGUGAGGACCCCCACAGUGAGAGCAGGGGACGGAGGCAGAGGGAGCAGCUCCGGGAGUGGCUCCUCCAGCAGCAGGGGGAGCAGGCAGCAGAGAGGCAGCGACAGACGCUGGAGGAGCAGCGCUAUGACCUCAGUAGAACAUACAUGGAGAGAAAAGCUCUGCAGCUUGAGGGCAUUGAGAUGGAGAGGAGAAAAGCAGAAACUGUCGCCACUAAAGAGUUCAAUCUGGCCAAGACAGAAGAGAAACGUCGCCAGGAUGGGGAACGUCAUGUCAGAGGUGAUGUAGCAGGAGCCACGAUGAACAUCCUGCAGGAGCAGCUGACGGGUGUAGCUCUCCAGCGCCCCCUGGUGCCUGACCUCUGCCCCAGCAGUCACAGGAGAGCACUUCCAGAGAGCCUGCAGCAGAUCAUCCAGUUCCAGAAAUAUCAGAUUGAGGAGAAAAAGAGGGUGGAACUAGAGAAAAAGGGAGACGAGGAGCAACAUGCUCGCAUGCGCAUGGACUCGGCUCGCACCGCUCUCUUAUUGGAGAGGCAGCAGGCCAGACUGGACCGGCAGGAGAGACAACAUGUGGACAGAGCCAACGUCCUGAUGGCCCAGACACACAAGCAACAGAAACCGGACAUAGAAAGAGGAAGCAUUGACGACAGCUUCUUCUCCAAAUUCAACACCUGCAGCAGAUGAAGGAUGACUCAUAACAGGGGCUGCUGAGGAUGAAGCUACAUGAGAAGAACACUGAAUAAACUGAAGCACACAGAGUUGUUUUUAAAUCAUGUCAGAAUUUAGAUAUUGGAUGAUUGUAACAGUUUAUAUGAAUCUUGGCUACCGUUGCAAAAAUGAGCGAAAGAAAGAAAUGGUAUACUUUUAGUUUUCAGUGAGGUUCUUUAUGGGUAACAUAUCGUCAGCUAUGCCACUUUUUAUAUCCACAGCUAAAAAAUAUCUUAUUACACGGCUUGGCUGAAUACUCAAUUUUGAUUGGUCCAUUUGGACAUUUCAGAGGUUGUUAAUAGUCGUGAACAGACCGCUGCUUAGGCGUUGCAAAAAUGAGCGAAAUAAAUCAAUUGUAUACUUUUA